CGAGCCGAGCCGGGGCAGGGGGACGGGCUUUGCCGGCGGCGUUCCAACUACCCUGGUCUCUGUGACCCUCUCUUCGGUACCUUCCCUCUGACUGGACGUGGGGAGCAGAAGGAUGGAGCACUGUGGACCCUUGUCAAAGACCGAGCCUGUUCAGGGAAGAGGGCAGUGAGCUGCAGUCUGACCAUCAUAGCUGGUAAGGACGAUGAAACUGAAUGAGCGAAGUGUGGUGCAUUAUGCCACAUGUGACUCUCCGACAGACCAUGCCGGCUUCCUCCACAAGCGUGUCGAGCGGCACCACCAUCACCACCACCACCACCACACCACUUCCUACCACCGUCGCUGGUUCAUCCUCAAGGGCAACCUGCUGUUCUAUUUUGAAGAUCGUGAGAGCCGGGAUCCUCUUGGGCUUGUUGUGCUGGAGGGCUGCACCGUGGAACUGUGCGAGGCUGCCGAGGAGUUUGCCUUUGCCAUCCGCUUUGAUGACGCUGGCGCCAAGGCCUACGUGCUGGUGGCCGACUGCCAGGCCGCAAUGGAGGGAUGGGUGAAGGCGCUUUCGCGAGCCAGCUUUGACUACAUGCGUUUGGUGGUGAGAGAGCUGGAGAAGCAGCUGGAGGAUGCCCGUAAGAGCUUGGCUGCCUGCCACAAAUCUCCAAGGAAGUCGUCAUCUGGCAGAAAAAGGCAUUUGUCCAAUCCUGCUAUGGCGCUUGUCCAGGAACAGCCUCCCAUCUUGGAGAACGGUUACUCCACAUGGGGCAGUGGUUACAUCCCUGCAGGGGCCUCCUGCUCUGACCACGAUGGGGGGUGUUCCAAACCCCCGCCCCUGCCUCCUCGCCGGCGCUUGGCAGUUGGCAGUGGAGGCGGAGCACUCGCCACUGGCCUCUCUUUGACUGGGCAGGAAAGCCCCGUGUCUCCAGAGACAGCCUGUUUCUCCAAGCUACACAACUGGUAUGGUCAGGAGAUUGCGGAGAUAAGGAGGGAGUGGCUGGAGAGCCAGAGGAGUGGGGAACUGUGAACUGGGGAAGGCAAGGCAUGGAGUGACACCAAGCCCAUUUUGACACUAUCGUGGUGCUUGGUGACCUCUCUCCCAUCCAGGAAAAUAGCCAAAUACGCGACAAUGUUUUCUCUCCUUCCUUUCUGGAAUCAUUGCAUGCUGGGUGGGUGGGUGAGUGUGGGAUCUAGGAGAGACACAGAUCUUCCCAAGACCUCAUUUUCACCUCUGGGGCCUCAGACAGUGUAUGUUCCCCUGAGGAAUAUUGCAGCACGGCUGUAAAAUGUCAGGAACUCUAUAUUUUGAAUCUGGGAUGCAGAUUGGGUGGGGUGGGGUGUGUGUGUGACCAGACUUGCAUACACAAAAUGGUCAUCGCUCUGCUUCUGUUCAGGUGGCUGUUUUUAUUCCCUACCAAUCUGGAGUAGUGGAUGGAGUGGUGUGUUUUUUACUGGUAAGCCUUCUUUGAGUAAUCCGUUACGAUUUAUCACCAGCAGCUGAAUGUUUGCUUAGGUUAGAGGUAAGGAGCAUCUAUUGCCUGUUAGCUUUUAGAAAAUGGCUUCUUAUGUCACCCUCACAUUCCUUCUGAACCCCAGAGUAAUCGUUGGUGAAUUAAGACUGGAUUGAACAUAGUGGCUGAACUGGGCCCUUUGCUCUGAAGAGUACCUGAAGGUUUGUACCUCUCGCACUACUCACUGGCCUGGACUCAAGCAGAUUUGGGGCCCCAUUGUUUUGGCUGGUCCAUGGGCCAUAUUUCACCUUACUCGGUCCCUGAUGGUGCUUUACCCCAGUCUCAGUCUAUCUGAUUUGAAUGGGCUCAGAUUUAUGGAUAUAGGACUCCCAGCCUUCAAAACUAGGAUCAGAUUCUUAUACAGUAUAUCCAGUAAUGCAUUAUAGUAUGGGUUGGCUAAAGAGAAGAAACAUAAAAGGCCACCAAAGGAUUCUGGAUCAUAUGGUUGUAUCAAGCAUGAGGGCAGGUGUGACUCAAUAACCAGUAAUUAUUUACACAAGUCUGUGGUACCAACUGCCCCUCCCCCAAGAAAUUCUUGACAGAGGUGGGGGGUGCAGGGAUCUGUGGGUCAAUGUCCAUUUCAUUGCAUAUUAUAGAAUUAGCAUAUCUACAAGUGUAUUUUAGGUGCCGUAGUAUUUAUGGAGGAUAAGGGGAUGCAGUGAGGGGUAGGGGCAUGGUGAUACUUGGGUGCGCACCACCUGUCACUUUCAUAGGCACCAAAAAAACCCCAAACCAAACCCUGCUAAACCCAUCAGUCAGACUUGCAGAGACCCCACAAACUAAUAUAUAUUUCCCUCUCUGAAUGUGAGCUUGGAAUUAAAACUCCCAGAGAGGCAGCAAAUUCUGGACUGAACCAAAGGUCAGGAGACCAGAACUCCCAAAUUCUAAUCUCGCUCUAGCACUGAUAUGCUGUGUGGCCUUGGCCAAGUCAAUUAACCUCAGUCUCCCCUUCUGUAAAAUGGGGAUAAUAAUACUUCUCUACCUCCCAAAGGCUUCUGUUGUUAACCUCAGUACAGUGCAUUGUUGUGCAAAGUGUUGUAUGUGGUACAUGGUCACAGUUCUUGGGGUAUGGCUGAGGACACUAAUUGUCCAGAGUCACAUUUUGGCUGGAUUUUUCUGAUGAUAUUGUA